GGUGUUGUCGUUCAAGCUUAUGCGCUUGGUCCAGAAGGGCUUCACUUGGGCUUGGUGAGAUGAGGAAACGGUUGUAGUCGCACUCUUUGGAAGAUUAGUAUAUAUCCAGAGAACUCAGCGGAUGACUGUCAUUCAUUUAAAAGCACUUUUUAAUCUAAUAAAUAUAAUUUCAGCGUUUUUAAGAGAGUUGAGCUACCUUUUAUACCGUGCGUAAUUGUCGUUUAUUUUUCUGCUAAACCAGAAAUAUCUGUAUAUCUGUGAGAAGACGUUGACAUUUUAAGGAAAAAAAGAACAUCCUAACACUGCGCAAAGAUGGCAGCGAUCAGAAUGAUUUCAUCAGUGCUGCUGCUGGCGCUGAUGCAGUCCGGAGCUCUUUGCGCACGGAGAUUUCGGGGUGGCCGCAACCCACAACCACGACGCUCACCACCUCCUCCCACAUACCGGGCGGAUCGGGGUGACACCACGGAGAGCUUCCCUCUGGAUUUCACCGCCGUGGAGGAGAACAUGGAUAACUUCAUGACACAAGUGAAGAACCUUGCGCAGUCCCUCUACCCGUGCUCGGCGCAGAAGCUCGACUACGACAUGAAGCUGAGCUUUUUGGAGAACACUUCGGUCACCUGCAACGAUGGAAGUCCCGCAGGGUACUACCUGAAAGAAUCUCGGGGCAGCAGACGCUGGCUGAUAUUCUUAGAGGGGGCCUGGUACUGCUUCAACAAGGAGAACUGUGACAGCCGAUACGAGACCAUGAGGAGACUGAUGAGCUCGUCCACGUGGCCCCAAACUAAAACAGGCACAGGGAUCCUGUCUCCGCUGCCCGAGGAAAACCCUCACUGGUGGAACGCCAACAUGGUGUUCAUCCCGUACUGCUCCAGCGACGUUUGGAGCGGCGCAACAGCCAAAACAGAGCAGAGUGGAUAUGCAUUCAUGGGCUCACUGAUCAUUCAGGAGGUUGUGAAGGACCUGCUGAACAAAGGUCUGAACAACGCAAAAGUUCUUCUACUCGCAGGAAGCAGUGCGGGUGGCACUGGGGUGCUUCUCAACGUGGACCAUGUGGCGGAGCUGCUGGAUGGGCUGGGACACACCGGGAUACAAGUGCGAGGCCUGUCUGAUUCCGGCUGGUUCCUGGAUAACAAGCAGUACCACUGCACGGACUGUGUGGACGCUGUCAGCUGCCCCCCAACCGAGACCAUCAAGAGAGGCAUCAAGUACUGGGGAGGAGUGGUGCCAGAGAGGUGCAGACAAACCCAUGAAGGAGAGGAGUGGAACUGUUUCUUUGGAUAUAGAGUCUUCCCAUCAAUAAAAAGCCCUGUGUUUGUUGUCCAGUGGCUGUUUGACGAGGCUCAGUUGACAGUGGACAACAUCCAGCUGACCGGCCAGCCUGUGCAGGAAAGCCAGUGGCGCUACAUCCAAAACCUGGGCAUUGAGCUGAGAAACACACUAAAGGAUGUCCCGGCCAUGUUUGCUCCGGCAUGUCUAUCACACGAAGUUAUCACCAGAAAUUACUGGAUUGACGUGCAGGUCAAAGGCACCUCCUUGCCCCGAGCCUUGCACUGCUGGGACCGCAGCCUCAACGACAACAGGAACAACAAGGCUCCACCCAAGGGUUGCCCCGUACACCUGAUUGACAGCUGCCCGUGGCCCCACUGCAACCCCACCUGCCCCACCAUCAGAGACCAGUUCAAAGGACAAGAGAUGAACGUCAAUCCAGUUCCUUCAUGCACCAUGGGCUUCGAUGUGCAGAAGAUGGCCCAGCAGCAGGGCAUGGACCCCAGCAAGCUACUGGGCAUGCUUCAGCAGCGGCAGCUAAAGGAGACAGCUUUCCCCCCUGACCCACACACAGUCAUCUCCCCUAUGAGCUCUUCUGUACACUAG